AGAAUUGUAUCUUCACUGUACCGAUUACCGACCCUCGUCUGACGCACAACAACCACUCGAUAUAGGCGCGACAGACAAAUCUCUUUAGCAUUGCUUGAAAGGGACCACGACACGCCUAUCUGGUUGAGAUAGGCGCAAAAGACCACCUGCCAACAUGGCAGCGGCGACAGCGGGCUACGAGUGGAACCGCUCCUCGCCGCUGCGCUCCUCGCCCGACACUUCCUCUUCUAUGUACCCUGACCGGCCCAUCCGCCCUCUGCCAGCACGCUCUCUGCGCGCACGACUGUCUCCAGAGCAAGCCGAGUCGAUCGUCUUCCCCAACAACCCCCCAUCUACAGGGCCGCUCUUCAACUUUCCAUAUACGUCCAGUGAGCGUGGCAACAGGGCUUUGAGAACAGGCGAGAAUGACCACCAUGCUUGUCACUGUGGCCAUACUCAUUCUGAAGUAGAGAGUGAAGAGGACGAGGACGAGCGGAGUGGACCGCUGCCUUCGUCUCCAAGCUAUCACUACAGCAGGAGUGCGCCAGGCAGGACUGCAAUUGCGGCAUCAAGCUAUCACAAGCCAGGUUCUGCCUCGUCUUCAGUGGAUGGCUACGAGUCGUUUGAGAACACAAACAACAAGAAGAAGCGGAAGAUUCCAAAUAUGGGAAGCAAUAGCUCACAUCACACGACACUCUCGACGGACGUGGCAAGCAUGAGUAUCGCAAACCACGAGAACGGCGUGGCUAAUGACGGGAUUGCACGUUAUGGCUCAGCACCGUCAACUCCACAGCACAACAACUCGGGGACAGGCAUUGCAGGAGCAGGCAGAGGUCGAUUUGGCCGAUCUGGUUCAGGACGCUCAGAACGACGCGUGCUAGGCAAUUCGACCAGUCUUGCCAAUGCCAAAGCAAGCAAACGUCCUUCGGAGCAGAGCGGCAUCAUCUCCACAGCCAUUGCCAACGCAGAAGCAACCCCACCGCCUCAGGGCAACGAAAACGUCAGUCUGCUGCAACAAGAGGCCGCGAAGAACAGCGCAACCAAGACGCAGUUCACCUUUACCUGUGGCUCUGACUCAGCAAACAAGAUGGUUUGGCCCGGCCAGGAAAACGGGCCGUACCCUCAGCCCCCGGGCGCAUAUCCCAUCACGACCGCUCCUCCGCCGCUCCACCCCCAGGCCGCUCGCGCUCGCCCUCCCGUUCGACCAGACGCCCCUGCUGUGUCAACUCAGGGUACCCAGACAAGCCAAAACGCGAACGGUGUACAUCCUCCUGCAAACAGGGGUGCACCACCUCCAAAGGGUGCCCAGCCUCCACAACAGGCGCCUCCACCUCACAAGCCUAGACGCAGCGUGUCAAAGCUCUAUGCAUAUGCUGCUCGCAAACGUCGGACGCAACAGGAGUACGCUAACUUCCACAACCCUCCCAGUCAGCCCUGGAUCUGCGAGUUUUGCGAAUACGAAGACAUUUUCGGACGUCCUCCUGAGGCCUUGAUCCGGCAAUACGAGAUGAAGGACAGGAAGGAGCGACGUCGGCUUGCGGAGAAGCGUCGGUUGCUGGAGAAGGCAAGGAUGAAGGGACGGAAGGGGAAGAAGGCAAGCAAGAAGGCGCAGAACAACGCAAACAACGCCCAGCAUGCUCAGAACCCUCCUCCUGGUGGCUACGACCGUCGCGAUGACGGCUCGCUGGACCCAGAGGAUGACUAUGACGACUAUGGCGAUUAUGAUGAAGGCGGGCCACAGGGUCACUCUUGUUGUCAUCACAAUUGCCAGCACUCGCAGCCGCCACCAAAGGUUCCACCAUUACCCCCUGGAGAUCCUCGGAUGGGCUUGCCGCCUGUUGGCAACGGUGCUUAGCAUCCGGACAAGACGGGGUGGGCCGUCUUUGUUCUUGCGUUUUGUAUUUCAGUAUCGUCUUUUUGCAUUGCAUUCGUGGCCAGAGUGGACGAGCACUGGAUCUGAUUUGGAGUGUCUGUCUCGUUGGACACCUGUUCAGCUUUUGGAUACCGACAAUCGACGAUCCUACCUCGACCGCUUCACCACGACCGUUUUCGCGCGUUUCGCCAUCCUAGCGUUCAGCAUCUCUUC